AUGGUUCGUUACGUGCCUCGAUUGGCUGAUGGUCAGAGGGUGAGGCUGGCCUGGCCGCUGGCCUUGUUUCGACUGAAUCAUAUAUUUUGGCCACUGGAUCCCAGUACAGGGAAGUUUGGGAGGUAUCUGGACCGUGCACUGGCUGUGGUGGGCUGCCUGAUCUUUUUGCAGCAUAACGACGCCGAGCUGAGGUAUCUUCGCGUGGAGGCGUUCAACCUUAAUAUGGAUGCAUUUCUCACGGGAAUGCCCACCUACCUGAUAUUGGUGGAGGCUCAGUUCCGCAGUCUCCACAUCCUUCUUCACUUCAAAGAGCUUCAGAAGUUCCUGCAGCGCUUUUACUUUACCAUUUAUAUUGAUCCUCGGAAGGAGCCGGACAUGUUCCGUCGAGUGGAUAAAAAAAUGCUUGUUAAUCGCCUGGUCUCCGCCAUGUACGGAGCUGUUAUCUCUGGCUACCUCAUCUCGCCAGUUCUAUCCGUCAUUAACAAGCGCAAGGAUUUUCUGUACUCGAUGAUAUUUCCCUUUGACACAGAGCCGUUGCCCAUAUUCGUGCCCCUGCUUCUCAGCAAUGUCUGGGUGGGCAUCGUCAUCGAUUCCAUGAUGUUUGGCGAGACGAGUUUGAUCUGCGAACUGAUAGUUCAUCUGAAUGGGCGCUACCUCCUGCUCAAGAGGGACUUGGAGGAGUCCAUUAAGACUAUAUUGGCGGAUCGACAGCGUCCUCAUAUGGCUAGACAACUGAAGGAGCUGAUUAUCGAAACUCUGCGCAAGAACGUGGCUCUGAAUCAAUUCGGAAAACAGCUGGAGACCCAGUAUACGGUCAGAGUAUUCAUCAUGUUCGCCUUCGCAGCGGGCCUACUCUGUGCCCUAUCCUUCAAGGCUUAUACGAACCCCAUGGCCAACUACAUCUAUGCCAUUUGGUUUGGGGCCAAGACUGUGGAACUACUAUCGUUGGGCCAGCUCGGGUCUAACUUGGCGUACACGACGGACUCCCUCAGCUCAAUGUACUAUCUUACCCACUGGGAGCAGAUCCUGGUGCAUUCCACCAAUCCCCAGGAGAAUCUGCGCCUGCUGAAGCUCAUCAAUCUGGCCAUUGAGAUGAACAGCAAGCCCUUCUACGUGACGGGUCUGAAAUACUUUCGGGUUAGCCUCCAAGCAGGCUUAAAGAUAUUGCAGGCGUCUUUCUCCUACUUCACAUUUCUCACCUCGAUGCAGCGUCGACAAAUGAGCAAUUAA